CCCCUUUUUCCUAGUUUCGUAGUAUAUUCUUUGAAAUUUGCCUUAGCUAAUGUCUAUUUUAUUACAUGUCACAUUUAUUUGCUGUCAAUUUCGGUUCCAAUUCCAUGGUGUCUGAUUGAUGACCUAUCUCACCCCUAUGAUAUAUGUCGUGUACUUUAUGCAUAUUAUAAUUUUUUUAAUUUUUGUGCCCAAAAAUAAAACGAGCUAAUAAUGGCAGCGGGAAGAACUUCCUUUUAUUAGGAAUUUAUUAAGUGCCGUGGAUAUAAUUGAUGCCCAAUUUUAUACUUGUAUGAUUCUGCAACUUUAUUUUUUUUGCUUAAUAAUUUUUCAGAUGUGCAGAUGAACAUGUACCUGAGUUAGUGAAUUCUGAUCCUUAGUCAAUCUUACAUAAUCUAAAUUUGGUUAGGGUUUAUCAUCGUUAAUUCGAUUUUUAAUUGGGUCUUUUGUCAUUGAGGGUUUCUGGGUCACAGUGAGUGGAUGUUAAGGUUUAGAUUUCAACUUGGCUGGGUCUGUGUUGUUUUCUAAAAGGUUUAAGGUUGAAGCUUUUUCGUGCUGCUUUUGAUGAAAUUAUUGCUGUUGUGGAUUUUACGUCUCGUGGGAACUUGGAUCAUUUGAUUCCUAAAUAAGGAGUGGUUUUGGGGUUAGGGUUGGGUUUUUUUUAAUGCAGUUGCCCAUUGUUAGUUGACAGAAAAUCACCAAUUUUAAUGUUUCUCACUGGUUUAAUUUGUUUUAGACUCAACUUUUGCACUAAAAAAAUGAUGUUGCAUUUUAGACUUCAAAGUUUAACGGUGUGUAUGUAAAAGAGUUGAAGACGUUGAAAGGAAGACUUUCUUCUACGUUUAUUUUUGUGCCUAGAAUAGUUUAAACGUCCGUUUUCUCCUCUCCCAACGCCAAUCCAAACACACACUAAAAUUGGAAUCAAAUCACUUGUCCCGUAUCUUCUUCGCGAUUAAAGAUAACACCUCAACAAAAAAAAAAAAAAAAACUAAGAGAGAAUGUUUUUAUUUAAUAGAAGAGAAUUUUUUAAUGAUAUGUCAUUUUUCAAUUAGAUGGACUAGCAUGAAGAUAAGUGAUUUCCAUCUGUUAAAAUUUUCUUAAGCCUUGCCCAAGGGUCAUAGUUCUAGUACUACUAAGUCUAUUUUGGGAACUAUUUGAUCUUGAGAUAUCACCCGGGUUGCUUUGCUUGAAUUUUGCCCUAUCCUUUUCUCCAUAAACCAGGUACUAGACCCCGAUUGUAAAUUUGUAAUUAUUUAAAAAUCCCCUCUAUAAUCAUGUUGUAUACUUGGGAAUGCAUCUGUUGAUCAACAUUCCAAGGUAAUGACAUUCAAUUAUGUAGUCAGAUGUGAAUUAUUGUCUUUUCAGAAGCUAUAAAAGUAAUUAUAAAUUUUUAAUGAUGCCUCAAUUAUUAUUGCCAUGCAUCACUAAAUGGUUUACUCUUAUUGGGGCAGUAAACAAGAAAAUAUAUUGGUCUGCUAGAUCACACAUUCACACUUAACUAGUGGUUAGGUAUGCCAAUUUGAACUGAAUGGUCUGUCCAAUCUGCUGCUCUCUGCAUGUGCAAGUCCCCACUUAAUUGAGACUAUAAACUGAUGGGAAGGGGGGAGAUUCUUUUUAAACAGAUUACUUAAUUAAUACAUUUCAAUUCAUUGUUAAAUAAUUUCACUUUUUUUAUACAAUGGUGUAACUAAUAGUGUGAUAUUAUUAUGUAUUGCCUUCUUGCUUGUUGUUCUGUUAUUUAUUUAUUUGUCAUGAUUGGUUUGAACUUGUUCAUUCUCAUUUUAUGAACUAAUUGAUUUGACUGUUUUAUCUUAAUGCAGUCUAUGAACAACUGUUUUCAUAUUUGAAGAAAUAAUUUCAUUGAACUUUCUAGUUAUGUAGCUCAAACACAAAUUUGAAAUGAUCUGACAUGUCAUGGGGUAGCAUUAAAUGUUUGAUAUAAAAUGCUGUGUUUACAUCCAAAAAGCAAGAAAUGCACCUAAGUUUAUACUGUCAUUAAAAUUUAAGGUGUUCUGAUAUGGACACUGUUAAGAUUUCUCAUGGGAUUGGGAAUAUGGCCAAACUAAUCCUUAUACAACUAGGGCAAUCCUCUCACACUGAACUCGCGUUUGAGAUUAAGGUAGGUUCAAUCUGUUUUUGAUAUGAUGUCGGAGCCUAUUCUGUCCUUAUAUUGAGCUACCUACAGAUGACAAGUUCUGCAGAACAUCAUGCUAUAGAGUUCAGUUUUGGGAUGAAGGGAAUGCAUCAAGAUCUCAUAUCAGCUAGGAAUAUGGCCUAAUACUCCUUGUUUGACUAUUGCCAUUAACAUUCUUAUGCAUGGCAAAAUAUAUAUCCUGUCAUGGUUCACUAUACAUCCCUUUGAUUUAGUCUUGUAACUGAGAAUAGUUAAAAUUAACUGUGGUUAGAUGGGAGUCAUAAGUCACAGGAAGCAUAUCAUAUCAUACUACCGAUUUUAAAAUAGUAUCAUGGAAGUACUUCCUUGUUCUGGUGUUCAGUAUGCUGGGGGAUCUGAUUGCUCUCAGUCAAGUUCAGGAACAAUGUUUGUAAACCAGGGAGAAAGUGGUGGUCAGGCUAAGUUGGAAGAUGAUCGACUGAAUGACUCAUUACAAACGGAAGGGCCUCAGAUAGAAAGACAAGGCCAAACACAACAGAAUAUUUGUGAACCCUUGAUUAAUAUAGCUUGCCAAUGUGGUGGAGCUUCAUGUUGUGACUGCCAAGUGGAAGGCCAGAAGGAAUCCAUUAGUUUCCGUGAUGUUGAAGAUGAUGGAAUAAAUGAGCCUUGCUUAGCCUUUGAAAACUUAGUCUCUAUUGCAGAUACAAAUGAAAGUGAAUCACCAAAUGGUAGUAGGGAAGUAGAGCUGUCAUUUUCUGAACCAACUUGGCUGAAGGGAGAUGAGCCUGUGGCAUUGUGGGUCAAGUGGAGAGGGAGCUGGCAGGCUGGUAUCAAAUGUGCAAAGGUUGACUGGCCAUUAUCAACUUUAAAAGCAAAACCAACUCAUGACCGGAAGAAAUAUUUUGUUAUAUUUUUUCCUCACACAAGGAAUUAUUCUUGGGCUGAUAUGCUGCUUGUUCGAUCUAUUUAUGAGUUUCCCCAGCCUAUUGCAUACAAAACUCAUCAAGCCGGAUUGAAAAUGGUAAAAGAUUUGACUGUUGCACGGCGGUUUAUAAUGCAAAAGCUAACCAUUGGUGUACUGAGCAUUGUUGAUCAGCUUCAUCCUAAUGCCUUGCUAGAAACUGCUCGUGAUGUGAUGGUUUGGAAGGAGUUUGCUAUGGAGACUUCUCGUUGUAACAGUUAUUCAGAUUUUGGCAGAAUGCUUCUAGAGUUACAAAAUAGCAUAGUGAAGCACUACACAGAUGCUGACUGGAUACAACAUUCAUCUUACUCUUGGGCUGAACGAUGCCAGAAUGCAAAUAGUGCUGAAUCAGUAGAGCUACUGAAGGAGGAAUUGUUUGAUUCUAUUUUGUGGAAUGAUGUCAAUGCUCUUUGGGAUUCACUGGUGCAAUCAACAUUAGGUUCGGAGUGGAAAACCUGGAAGCAUGAUGUGAUGAAAUGGUUUUCCACAUCACCUUCCUUUUCUAGCAGCAAGGAUAUGCAGCACAUGACCUCUGAUGGGUUGUUCCAAGUAAGCCUUCAGGUUGGUAGAAAAAGGCCCAAACUUGAAGUUCGCCGUGCAGAUACGCAUGCUACACUGGUGGAAACAAAUGGUUCAGAUCAGCCAAUUACUCUCAAAACUGACCCAGGUUUCUAUAGGAAUCAGGACACAUUGAAUACAUUAGAAUCUGAGACCUCUACACUCAAAGAUAUUAAAGAGGUACCUGUGGCAACUGAUUUACCUAGCAAUUUGACCAAUAAAUGGAAUGAAAUUGUAGUUGAGGCUACCGAUUCUGAGAUCUUGCAUGGCAAUGGAACACAAUCAACACCUAUGAAUGAGAUGGCUGGUAAAAAAGUUGUAGAACCUGGUGCUAAGAAUCGACAAUGCAUAGCUUAUGUUGAAGCCAAGGGAAGACAAUGUGUGAGAUUGGCAAAUAAUGGUGAGGUAUACUGUUGUGCGCAUUUGUCAUCUCAAUUUUUGGGAAACUCAGGGAAAGCUGAAAAACCUGUUUCAGUUGAUACUCCAAUGUGUGGAGGUACAACUGUUCUUGGUACUAAAUGUAAGCAUCAUGCCCUUCCUGGCUCUUCAUUCUGUAAGAAACAUCGUCCCCAUGCUGAAACAAAUGAGAUCUCAAAUUUAACCCAUAAUACGCUGAAGAGAAAACAUAAAGAAAAUCACAUUGGUUCAGGGGGCUUGAUCAGCAAAGGCAUGGUAUUGAUAAAUGCUGAAAGUUCAUUGCAAGUAGAACCAGUGCCUGCCAUUGAUGGUAAUUCCUUCCUUGAGAGAAGCAACUUAGAUGAGAGGCCCGCCCUUUCUGGUAAUGAUCAGAUUGCAAUGGAGGCACUUCACUGUAUAGGCUCUCCUCCUUAUGAUGACAAGGACCCCUGUUUGGAAGCACCAAAGCGGUAUAUCUUGUAUUGUGAGAAGCACCUUCCAAGCUGGCUAAAAUGUGCAAGAAAUGGAAAGAGUAGGAUAAUAUCAAAAGAAGUGUUCACAGAAAUUUUAAGGGACUGCUGCUCAUGGAAGCAAAAGGUGCACCUGCAUAAAGCAUGUGAGCUUUUUUACAGGCUAGUCAAAAGCAUUUUGUCACAAAGAAGCCCAGUUUCUAAGGAAGUUCAGUUCCAGCAGGCUUUAACAGAAGCCUCAAAAGAUACUAGUGUCGGGGAAUUCCUUACAAAGUUGGUUCAUAGUGAAAAGGAGAGAAUCAAAUUGAUUUGGGGAUUCAAUGAUGACAUAGAUGUAUCCUCACUUUUGGAUGGACUACCUCUCGUUCCUUCCACAGAUAAUGACAGCUUUGAUAAUGAAAAUGUCAUUAAGUGUAAGAUUUGCUGUGCAAAAUUUCCUGAUGACCAAACUCUUGGUAAUCAUUGGAUGGACAACCAUAAAAAGGAAGCACAGUGGCUGUUCAGAGGUUAUGCUUGUGCCAUUUGUCUGGAUUCUUUUACAAACAAGAAGCUAUUGGAAACCCAUGUUCAGGAGAGACAUCAUGUGCAGUUUGUUGAACAGUGCUUGCUUCUCCAAUGCAUUCCUUGUGGUAGUCAUUUUGGAAAUAUGGAGCAGUUAUGGCUGCAUGUUCUAUCAGUCCACCCUGUUGAAUUCAAGCCAUUGAAAGCUCCUGAGCAGCCUUUGCCUUGUGAGGACACUUCGGAAAAACUUGAGCAGGGAAAUUCAGCUUUUUUGGAGAAUAAUUCCAAGAAUCCAGGUGGUUUGCGGAGGUUUGUUUGCCGGUUUUGUGGGUUAAAAUUUGAUUUACUACCUGACCUGGGUCGCCAUCAUCAAGCUGCUCAUAUGGGCCACAAUCUAGGUACCAGCCGCUCUACAAAAAGGAGUGUUUGUUAUUAUACGCAUAGAUUAAAAUCUGGCAGACUUGGUCGUCCUAGAUUUAAAAAUGGUUUGGCAGCAGCAUCAUCUAGAAUCAGGAAUAGGGCUAAUGCUAAUUUAAAGAGACAGAUUCAGGCAACAAAGUCACUUGACAUGGUGGAAACAACAAUAAAACCUCAUGUAAAUGAGACAGAAAAUAUUGGUAAGUUGGCAGAAUAUCAAUGCUCGGCAGUUGCAAAGAUUUUAUUUUCUGAGAUUCAGAAGACUAAACUGCGGCCUAACAAUUUUGAUAUCUUGUCAAUUGGUCGUUCUGCAUGCUGUAAAGUUAGUCUUAAAGCCUCACUGGAGGAGAAAUAUGGAAUUUUGCCUGAAAGGCUCUAUUUGAAGGCAGCAAAACUUUGCAGUGAUCAUAACAUUCAGGUGAGUUGGCACCAGGAUGGGUUCAUUUGUCCUAGGGGUUGUAAGGUUUUGAAGGACCAAAGGCAUCUCUCUCCCUUAGCAUCUCUUUUUAAUGGUUUCCUAAAGCCAAAAUCAGUAAUUUUAUCAGAUCCUGCAAGUGACGAGUUGGAGGUGGAUGAGUUUCAUUACAUCCUUGAUUCACAUCAUUUAAAAGUAGGGUCCUUACAAAAGGUUACUGUCUUGUGUGAUGACAUAAGCUUUGGGAAGGAAUCAAUUCCAGUGAUUUGUGUAGUAGAUCAAGAUAUUCUAAACUCUCUUCUUAGACAUGGGUCGGAUGAGGAAGAUAUAAAUCUCUCUAGGCCUUGGGAGAGCUUUACUUAUGUUACAAAGCCAAUCCUUGAUCAAUCACUUAGUCUUGAUUCUGAGCAGAGUCUGCAACUAAGAUGUGCUUGCUCAUUUUCUGCCUGCUGUCCUGAAACAUGUGAUCACGUCUACCUUUUUGAUAAUGACUAUGAUGAUGCAAAAGACAUAUUUGGGAAACCAAUGCGUAGUAGGUUCCCAUAUGAUGAGAAUGGUCGAAUAAUAUUGGAGGAAGGUUACCUUGUGUAUGAAUGCAACCAGAUGUGCAAAUGCUAUAAAACCUGUCCAAACAGAAUAUUGCAGAAUGGAUUACGGGUUAAAUUGGAAGUCUUUAAAACAGAAAAGAAGGGAUGGGCAUUAAGGGCUGGUGAGGCUAUCCUUCGUGGAACAUUUGUGUGUGAGUACAUUGGAGAGGUUUUAGAUACGCAGGAGGCACAAAACCGGCGCAAAAGAUACGGCAAAGAACACUGCAGUUAUUUCUAUGAUGUUGAUGAUCAUGUUAAUGAUAUGAGCAGAUUGAUUGAAGGACAGGCCCAUUAUGUCAUUGAUACAACUAGAUUUGGAAAUGUCUCUAGGUUUAUCAAUAACAGCUGCUCGCCCAAUCUUGUGAGUUACCAAGUUCUUGUAGAGAGCAUGGAUUGUGAGCGUGCACAUAUUGGUCUUUACGCAAAUCGAGAUAUUGCUUUGGGUGAAGAAUUGACAUAUAAUUAUCAUUAUGAGCUUGUGCCUGGAGAGGGAUCUCCUUGCCUAUGUGGUUCCACUAAGUGUCGGGGACGCCUGUACUAGAACCUCAACAUCCAUGCUGUUAUCUUCAGAUAGUUCAAUUUGGGUAGCAAAUGAUUCACUCAACAUUUCAACAUUCCAAUGAGGAAAUCAUGCCUGCCUAAUUUUGAAGGGUUACAGUAGUCUUGAUCUCUUUUAACAGAUGACACUAGUUAAGGCAUCUAUAUGAAGCCAGGUAUUAAAUUGCUAGCUGUCUAUACCAAACUUGAUCGUGCUAAAAUGAUUAGGAUUUUUUGCUGUGUAAAAUUUCCCUCCCCCUCUAAGUUUUUGUAGCUAGUUGCACUUUUGUUUUCUUUUCUCUUCCUUUACUCUCUAAUUUUCUCCAUCCAAGUGCAUGUAUUCAUGAAAUAAUUAGGGAAUGGCCAUUUGUUCCUAACUGCUCAUCAAAUUAAUGAAGUUCAAGAGAAAGGAAGAGACAUUCUUUGUGUCAAUAUCA